GAAAUAUUGUCUUACAUAAUUCCUCCACCACCGGGCUUAGGAGACAAUUUUCCCAGCACUAAACCUCACCAACCUUCAGCACCGACCAACAACUACCCUGAAGCUCACAACCUAGCCAACAACAAUACAAAUGUCACCAAGAAUCUGAACCAAACCAACGUAGAACAGCCCAUUCCGAAACCUAGAAUUUCCAACGAAACAAAUUCGGUUAACCUACUAGCAAAGUAUGAUAAGUCUAGAUUUGAAGUGUACUACCCACCGGAACUCCGAAAUACCAAUAACGGUGAGUACGACCUGUACAGUAACUCUGAUGCAGCGAACGCUAACAAAGUUUCAAAGGCCUCCGAUAAAACACCGAAUGGACAUGUCAUUGAGUACCCUACCGUAGAUCGUAAGGGACCAUUUUCUUGCUGUACAAAAUCUAAGAAAGAAAAGACUGAAGACCAAUCCGAGGAUAAGAACACCACGAAUGGUGGCGAUACGUCCCUAGCUCUGCCACCAAAACGUUGUCCCCACACCUCUGAAGUGAAUCCACCGGAACGACCACCAAAAAGUGCCGAGCUGCAGCUCAAGCUUAACUCGCCGAUCCGAUCGCCCAAUCCGAUCAAGAUGAACGGAAAUGGAGGCAACUACUUUGACAUGGAUCCACCUUCGCUUCCGCCGAGGUUCGAGAAACAACCGAACUCUCCACCGGUAGUCUUGACUACGUUACCCCCGAAAAAGCCUCCACUACCUCCGGUUCCUCAGAAACCUAGCAUACGUAGCCCGGUUCCCAUUCUCAAGAACCCCACAACCUAUACUCUGUCCAGUUCGGCCACAAACUCCCCGGUCCGAACGGCCGGAAUUGGUUCACCGCACUUUCACAGGAAUCCAAACUGUUAUAGGGAAAUCGAACGGGCCUUCAACCGGGACGAGCUGACGGACAAAUCGUCUCCGCUAGCCCUCGCACCGGUUCCAAUGAACCGCCAAAACGGCCACUAUCGUUCCCACAGCGAUUGUCCACCAGUUUCCCUGAAAACUCCUCCUCCGGAACUGAAACCUCAACUGUCGCUCCUCUGCUCUCCGCAAAUGUCUCGCAAAACAUCAACCCACAGUAACCCCGCCAGUCCCAUCCUUUCGAACAAAAAUGGCCACGUCCUGAACGUAGACACCCUCAUGUCCAAGACGGACGUCGCCAUGGCCGGUCUACUGGUCAAGCUGGAUCAAGUGGCCGCCAUGUGCUCGGCAGCUCAAACAGCCGGCGGCGGAAGUAGCAUCGACGAGGAGAAGUUCCAACUCGCCAAGGACCAACUCACGGACCAAUCGCUGCACCUCGUAACGGCCUCCAAGCACCUGGUCGUUUCUAUGUCCGAUGCCAACCUGAUCAACCUCCCGGAACAUCUGACGGCCUGUCUAUCCGCGCUUCGUCGAAUAACCGAACUGGCUCAGGACCUUACCCGGUACACUUCGGCACCACUUCAAACCAGGAACAUUGUGCUCAAGGUUCACGAUGUGGCAUCCAGCUUCCGGGAGCUGGCCUGCGUCAAAGUCGGGCCCAUGGCAGCCGGCCAGCUGGCUCUGCACGCCGAAUGUCUGGCCAACGUUCUGGCAACACUGCUGCGAAGCCUGCGCGUCUUCUCUCCAUAGUGCUACGAGAGCGACAGCAGUGGAUGCUGUGGCUGUGCGUAGCUCUCUUUGGAGAGAGAGAGAACGAUAAAACUAGAGCAUUUUGUUGAUUUUGAUUGAUUUGUUGUUUUAUUUAUUAGAGAUUGAUAGAUUUAACUGAAUGAUUGAAAAUUUGCAAUAGGCAAACAACUAUGUUAUCUGUUAUUCAAGGUAUGUAGGUCAUUGACAUGUAUGAAAAAGAAAAUGUAUAUAAAACCUAUUAGGCAACAAAUUGAGAUUAUUGAACUUUGUUACACGUUGCUUUUCAGAAAGGUGGUCGAGCAUAAAACAGAAAAAAAAUCUUUUGUCAAAAGUCAGUUGAUUACUUUCUCAAUUUUUAACCGGAUCAAUUAUUGUGUAUUAGGGGGUGUGUCAAAUUGCAACUUAUUCCGAAUUUCAAAACACCUGAGAUCAACCACAUUUCGGUUUGGACAAAAUGAACGAUUAAAUUUUUCAGAUUAUUAAAAGAAGAUUGACAUACCAGAUAACUUUACGUUUUGUAUUUUUUUUUCCUCACACGAAGCAAAUAACAUUUCAAUUUUCAAUAUAUGAAGCUUAUUGGAAAAUUAUCAUCCAGACCAGAAAGAAAACAUUUUAGAGUCCAGUUGUUUAAAAAUUACUGGAACUUGCACUUUGAUAGAAUCUAAUGGCGACGAACAUCGGAACAUUAAAUCAGAAUGCGAAAUCAAAACUCGGAACCUGAAUUCAAUAUUGCAAAUCUGUUGUCUGAAUCUGAAUCUAAAAUCUUGAUCUGAAAUCUAAAUCUUAAAUUUCAAAUUAAAAGUCUAAAUCUAGUAAACUGAAAUCUGAAAUCUGAAUCUGAAAUCUGAAUCUGAAAUCUGAAAUCUGAAUUUGAAAUCAGAAUCUGAAAUCUGAAAUCGGAAUCUGAAAUCUAAAUCUGAAAUCUUAAUCUGAAAUCUGAAUCUGAAAUCUGAAUCUGAAAUCUGAAAUCUGAAUCUGAAAUCUGAAUCUGAAAUCUGAAUCUGAAAUCUGAAUCUGAAAUCUGAAUCUGAAAUCUGAAUCUGAAAUCUGAAUCUGAAAUCUGAAUCUGAAAUCUGAAUCUG